AAUAUCUGCAGUAUAUAAAAAAAUGACAAGGUGGUUGUUUAUGAUGGCAUGCCUUGGCAUAGCUUGUCAAGGCGCCAUUCUUCGAGAAAAUUCUGCAAGAAACUUGAAAAAUUCGUUGAAAGUAAUGCACGAAUGGAAAUAUAUGGAUUAUGAUUUCGGUAACGAAGAAAAAAGACAAGCUGCGAUUCAAUCUGGCGAAUAUGACCAUACGAAAAAUUAUCCAUUCGACGUCGAUCAAUGGCGUGAUAAGACUUUUGUCACCAUACUAAGAUACGAUGGUGUGCCUUCUUCUUUGAACGUGAUAUCCGAGAAAACUGGCAACGGUGGACGACUUCUACAACCGUAUCCUGAUUGGUCGUGGACGAAGUAUAAAGAUUGCUCUGGAAUCGUGAGCGCUUACAGUAUUGCGAUCGACAAGUUCGACAGAUUGUGGGUUUUGGACUCAGGUCUUGUCAAUAAUACUCAACCCAUGUGUUUCCCAAAAUUGCUUGUCUUUGAUCUAAAUAGCUCACAAUUGAUCAAGCAAGUAGACAUACCGCAUGAAAUUGCCGUAAAUACCACCACAGAACAGGGAAGAUUAAAAUCUUUAGCUGUUCAAGCUAUAAGUUCUGUGAAUACUCUGGUGUAUAUAGCAGAUAACAAAGGUGAUGGUUUAAUCGUCUACCAAAAUUCCGACGAUUCCUUCCAUCGAUUGACUUCCAACACUUUCAAUUACGAUCCCAGAUAUACCAAAAUGACGGUUGAAGGUGAAAGUUUCACUGUGCAAGAUGGAAUUUAUGGAAUGGCACUUAGUCCCAUGACAAACAAUCUUUAUUACAGUCCUCUCGCUUCUCGCGAUUUGUAUUAUGUUAACACAAAACCAUUCAUAAAAUCAGAAUAUGGAGAAAAUAAAGUCCAAUAUAAUGGAGUCCAAGAUGUUUUCAACACUCAAACAACCGCUAAAGCAGUAUCGAAAAAUGGCAUCCUUUUCUUCGGUCUCGUGAAUAAUACAGCUGUUGGUUGCUGGAACGAGCAUCAAACACUUCAGAGAGAAAAUACCGAUAUAGUCGCCCAAAAUGAAGAGACACUUCAAAUGAUCGUUGGUAUGAAAAUUAAGCAAUUGCUCCCACAUAUCGUCAUUAUUGAUAUAGAUAAUAUAAUAAACGAUGAAUAUAUGUUAGUUUUAACUAACAGAAUGCAAAAGAUAUUAAACAAUGAUCUUAAUUUCAACGAUAUUAACUUCCGAAUUUUGAUUAGAGGUGUGAGCGACUUGUUAGAAAACACUCGUUGCACAAAUUUUAAUAUUCAGAAUGAUGACAAUGAUAGCGAUGAAAAUAACGAUGACAGCAUAAGAAUCACAAUAGACGCUUCAUUUAAUUAGCCAUUUCUCGAUGUAUGUAAAUCGAAUAUUCUUCAAAAAUUUCUUUAUAUUAUAAAUGAAUAGAAUAAAUAUU